AUAAUAUUCAAAGGUUUUACUAGAAGUCAAACAUGAAAUCAAAUAUUUGGAUAAUAGUUUUAAUAUCAGUAAAUUUUGCAAUCGUAUCAGCUUUAUUUUCGCCUAAAGUUAGUUAUAAUAAAGUAAGUUUCAUUAAAAGGGGUGAACCAGAAUAUGUAGACGCUGAAGAUAAUUAUAAUGAAGAAACCGAAUACGUUAACAUUACAUAUUCCACGAUUAUAGACUCAAUGUCAACUUUGUCGAAACUGAAUCCAGAAACAACGUCUCUAAUAAAAUUGGGAAAAUCAUGCGGCGGCUUAAAAGAUAUUUUAGCUUUGAGUAUCCAAAAGCCUAAUUACAAUCCAAAAUUUAGUAAUACCAUACUAUUAACAGCAGGGAUUCAAGGAGACGAUUGGCAAUCAGUUUUUACUGCUUUCUAUAUUGCAAAGCAAUUGAUAGAAUAUAAAGAAAGCUUGAAAAUUAUGUUUGGUAUUAAUACAAAAUGGUUAAUUAUACCGAUACUCAAUCCCGAUCUUUACACGAACGAUUUUCAAGGUGGUGAUGUUUCAAAAUGUUUCAAAAACAAUAACUGGAACCGUUAUGGAAAAAUUUUGGAUAAAGUUAAAGAAGAGAAUGUUACUAUUAUUAUUCACUUAAACAGUGAAAAAGUUUGUUCAAUAAAUUAUUCCAAUUAUUUACAACGCAACGAGUUGAAUGCAAAAUGGAAUAAGGGAAACAAUUUAGCCAAAGUCUUGCAAAACGAAAGCUAUUUAAUUUGUAAUAUAAAUAUUCAAGAACCAAUCAUAAAUAACACAAACAUUUCGAGUAAGUUGCAUCUUUUCAAAACGAAAAUUUCGCUGCUUUUUAAACAUGAAAAAAUUGGCUAGUCCUCUACUCCUUUCUAAAGUAAAAUCCCACAUCCUUAAGUAUCCGAAUGAAAACCGUAACCCCUAUAGGAUCACCCGUGUGUCUGUCUGUCCGUCUGUCACAGUCAAUUCGC